UGAUGAUUUCAAUCCGGUGUGUUAAGUAAGGGUGUUCCAUGACUGGAAUUGAGAACCACUGACUUGGAAUGGAAUUCUUUCUUUAGAUAAAACUUGCCAUUCACCAACCCUGAUCAAAGCCGCCUACCUCAGAUUUUUCUAAUGAUCCCAAAGACAUUGACUGGCACUGAUUAACAUGCUCGGGUGUGUUUGACUAGGGUUGGAGCUAAACUCUGCAGGAAUGUGGAUCUCGAAGUCCAGAUUUAAGGAUCUCUGGUCUAUAUGCACAAACUAAAGCUGACUAUCUGUGUUCAUGCAGUGAAGCCAGGUCAAUGUCCCAUACCGGAGAUGAUCCCACUCUGUGCUGAUAGCUGUUUCAAUGAUGGCCAGUGUCCUGCCACACAGAAAUGUUGCCCAACCACCGGUGGCUUUGCAUGCAGUGAACCGCGUGGCCAGGGAAGAGGUCAGGCAACUUGCCAUGGAAACGGUUCUGGCCAGGGAAGCGGCUAUGGCCAGGGCGCGGGUCAGGGAAGCGGCUAUGGCCAGGGCGCGGGUCAGGGAAGCGGCUAUGGCCAGGGCGCGGGUCAGGGAAGCGGCUAUGGCCAGGGCGCGGGACAGGGCGCGGGUCAGGGAAGCGGCUAUGGCCAGGGCGCGGGACAGGGCGCAGGACAGGGAAGCGGCUAUGGCCAGGGUGCGGGACAGGGCGCAGGACAGGGAAGCGGCUAUGGCCAGGGCGCAGGUCAGGGAAGCGGCUUUGGCCAGGGUGCAGGACAGGGUGCUGGCCAGGGAAGCGGCUAUGGCCUGGGAAGCGGCUAUGGCCAGGGUGCAGGAGCUGGACAGGGAAGUGGCGCAGGAGUUGGACAGGGAAGCGGCUAUGGCCAGGGUGCUGGAGCAGGACAGGGAAGCGGCUAUGGCCAGGGCGCUGGAGCAGGACAGGGAAGCGGCUAUGGCCAGGGCGCUGGAGCAGGACAGGAAAGCGGCUAUGGCCAGGGCGCUGGAGCAGGACAGGGAAGCGGCUAUGGCCAGGGCGCUGGAGCUGGACAGGGAAGCGGCUAUGGCCAGGGCGCAGGAGCUGGACAGGGAAGCGGCUAUGGCCAGGGCGCAGGAGCUGGACAGGGAAGCGGCUAUGGCCAGGGCGCAGGAGCUGGACAGGGAAGCGGCUAUGGCCAGGGCGCAGGAGCUGGACAGGGAAGCGGCGCUGGAGCAGGACAGGGAAGCGGCGCUGGAGCAGGACAGGGAAGCGGCUAUGGCCAGGGCGCUGGAGCAGGACAGGGAAGCGGCUAUGGCCAGGGCGCAGGAGCAGGACAGGGAAGCGGCGCAGGAGCAGGACAGGGAAGCGGCGCAGGAGCAGGACAGGGAAGCGGCGCAGGAGCAGGACAGGGAAGCGGCGCAGGAGCAGGACAGGGAAGCGGCGCAGGAGCAGGACAGGGAAGCGGCGCUGGAGCAGGAGCAGGACAGGGAAGCGGUGCAGGAGCAGGACAGGGAAGCGGCUAUGGCCAGGGCGCUGGAGCAGGACAGGGAAGCGGCGCUGGAGCAGGACAGGGAAGCGGCGCUGGAGCAGGAGCAGGACAGGGAAGCGGCGCUGGAGCAGGAGCAGGACAGGGAAGCGGCGCUGGCCAGGGCGCUGGAGCAGGAGCAGGACAGGGAAGUGGCGCUGGAGCAGGAGCCGGACAGGGAAGUGGCGCUGGAGCAGGAGCCGGACAGGGAAGUGGCGCUGGAGCAGGAGCCGGACAGGGAAGUGGCGCUGGAGCAGGAGCAGGACAGGGAAGUGGCGCUGGAGCAGGAGCAGGACAGGGAAGCGGCGCUGGGGCAGGAGCCGGACAGGGAAGCGGCGCUGGGGCAGGAGCCGGACAGGGAAGCGGCGCUGGGGCAGGAGCCGGACAGGGAAGCGGCGCUGGCCAGGGUGCUGGAACAGGAGCAGGACAGGGAAGUGGCGCUGGAGCAGGAGCCGGACAGGGAAGUGGCGCUGGAGCAGGACAUGGAAGCGGCUAUGGCCAGGGCGCAGGAGCUGGACACGGAAGCGGCGCUGGAGCAGGAGCAGGACACGGAAGCGGCACUGGAGCAGGACAGGGAAGCGGUGCUGGCCAGGGAGCUGGAGCAGGACAGGGAAGCGGCGCUGGAGCAGGACAGGGAAGCGGCUAUGGCCAGGGCGCUGGAGCAGGACAGGGAAGCGGCGCUGGAGCAGGACAGGGAAGCGGCGCUGGAGCAGGACAGGGAAGCGGCGCUGGAGCAGGACAGGGAAGCGGCGCUGGAGCAGGACAGGGAAGCGGCUAUGGCCAGGGAGCUGGAGCAGGACAGGGCAGCGGCGCUGGAGCAGGACAGGGCAGCGGCGCUGGAGCAGGACAGGGCAGCGGCGCUGGAGCAGGACAGGGAAGCGGCGCUGGAGCAGGACAGGGAAGCGGCUAUGGCCAGGGCGCUGGAGCAGGACAGGGAAGCGGCGCUGGAGCAGGACAGGGAAGCGGCUAUGGCCAGGGCGCUGGAGCAGGACAGGGAAGCGGCGCUGGAGCAGGACAGGGAAGCGGCUAUGGCCAGGGCGCUGGAGCAGGACAGGGAAGCGGCGCUGGCCAGGGCGCUGGAGCAGGACAGGGAAGUGGCGCUGGAGCAGGACAGGGAAGCGGCUAUGGCCAGGGCGCUGGAGCAGGACAGGGAAGCGGCGCUGGAGCAGGACAGGGAAGCGGCUAUGGCCAGGGCGCUGGAGCAGGACAGGGAAGUGGCGCUGGAGCAGGACAGGGAAGCGGCUAUGGCCAGGGCGCUGGAGCAGGACAGGGAAGCGGCGCUGGAGCAGGACAGGGAAGCGGCGCUGGAGCAGGACAGGGAAGCGGCGCUGGAGCAGGACAGGGAAGCGGCGCUGGAGCAGGACAGGGAAGCGGCGCUGGAGCAGGACAGGGAAGCGGCGCUGGAGCAGGACAGGGAAGCGGCGCUGGAGCAGGACAGGGAAGCGGCCCUGGAGCAGGAGCAGGACAGGGAAGCGGCGCUGGAGCAGGACAGGGAAGCGGCGCUGGAGCAGGACAGGGAAGCGGCGCUGGAGCAGGACAGGGAAGCGGCGCUGGAGCAGGAGCAGGACAGGGAAGCGGCGCUGGCCAGGGCGCUGGAGCAGGAGCCGGACAGGGAAGUGGCGCUGGAGCAGGAGCAGGACAGGGAAGUGGCGCUGGAGCAGGAGCAGGACAGGGAAGCGGCGCUGGCCAGGGCGCUGGAGCAGGAGCCGGACAGGGAAGUGGCGCUGGAGCAGGAGCCGGACAGGGAAGUGGCGCUGGAGCAGGAGCAGGACAGGGAAGUGGCGCUGGAGCAGGAGCAGGACAGGGAAGUGGCGCUGGAGCAGGAGCAGGACAGGGAAGUGGCGCUGGAGCAGGAGCAGGACAGGGAAGUGGCGCUGGAGCAGGAGCCGGACAGGGAAGCGGCGCUGGGGCAGGAGCCGGACAGGGAAGCGGCGCUGGCCAGGGCUCUGGAGGCGGACAGGGAAGCGGCGCUGGGGCAGGAGCCGGACAGGGAAGCGGCGCUGGGGCAGGAGCCGGACAGGGAAGCGGCGCUGGGGCAGGAGCCGGACAGGGAAGCGGCGCUGGCCAGGGUGCUGGAACAGGAGCAGGACAGGGAAGUGGCGCUGGAGCAGGAGCCGGACAGGGAAGUGGCGCUGGAGCAGGACAUGGAAGCGGCUAUGGCCAGGGCGCAGGAGCUGGACACGGAAGCGGCGCUGGAGCAGGAGCAGGACACGGAAGCGGCACUGGAGCAGGACAGGGAAGCGGUGCUGGCCAGGGAGCUGGAGCAGGACAGGGAAGCGGCGCUGGAGCAGGACAGGGAAGCGGCUAUGGCCAGGGCGCUGGAGCAGGACAGGGAAGCGGCGCUGGAGCAGGACAGGGAAGCGGCGCUGGAGCAGGACAGGGAAGCGGCUAUGGCCAGGGAGCUGGAGCAGGACAGGGCAGCGGCGCUGGAGCAGGACAGGGCAGCGGCGCUGGAGCAGGACAGGGCAGCGGCGCUGGAGCAGGACAGGGCAGCGGCGCUGGAGCAGGACAGGGAAGCGGCGCUGGAGCAGGACAGGGAAGCGGCUAUGGCCAGGGCGCUGGAGCAGGACAGGGAAGCGGCGCUGGAGCAGGACAGGGAAGCGGCUAUGGCCAGGGCGCUGGAGCAGGACAGGGAAGCGGCGCUGGAGCAGGACAGGGAAGCGGCUAUGGCCAGGGCGCUGGAGCAGGACAGGGAAGCGGCGCUGGCCAGGGCGCUGGAGCAGGACAGGGAAGUGGCGCUGGAGCAGGACAGGGAAGCGGCUAUGGCCAGGGCGCUGGAGCAGGACAGGGAAGCGGCGCUGGAGCAGGACAGGGAAGCGGCUAUGGCCAGGGCGCUGGAGCAGGACAGGGAAGUGGCGCUGGAGCAGGACAGGGAAGCGGCUAUGGCCAGGGCGCUGGAGCAGGACAGGGAAGCGGCGCUGGAGCAGGACAGGGAAGCGGCUAUGGCCAGGGCGCUGGAGCAGGACAGGGAAGCGGCGCUGGAGCAGGACAGGGAAGCGGCGCUGGAGCAGGACAGGGAAGCGGCGCUGGAGCAGGACAGGGAAGCGGCGCUGGAGCAGGACAGGGAAGCGGCGCUGGAGCAGGACAGGGAAGCGGCGCUGGAGCUGGACAGGGAUGCGGCGCUGGAGCAGGACAGGGAAGCGGCUAUGGCCAGGGCGCUGGAGCAGGACAGGGAAGCGGCGCUGGAGCAGGACAGGGAAGCGGCUAUGGCCAGGGCGCUGGAGCAGGACAGGGAAGCGGCGCUGGCCAGGGCGCUGGAGCAGGACAGGGAAGUGGCGCUGGAGCAGGACAGGGAAGCGGCUAUGGCCAGGGCGCUGGAGCAGGACAGGGAAGCGGCGCUGGAGCAGGACAGGGAAGCGGCUAUGGCCAGGGCGCUGGAGCAGGACAGGGAAGCGGCUAUGGCCAGGGCGCUGGAGCAGGACAGGGAAGCGGCGCUGGAGCAGGACAAGGAAGCGGCUAUGGCCAGGGCGCUGGAGCAGGACAGGGAAGCGGCGCUGGAGCAGGACAGGGAAGCGGCGCUGGAGCAGGACAGGGAAGCGGCUAUGGCCAGGGAGCUGGAGCAGGACAGGGCAGCGGCGCUGGAGCAGGACAGGGCAGCGGCGCUGGAGCAGGACAGGGCAGCGGCGCUGGAGCAGGACAGGGAAGCGGCGCUGGAGCAGGACAGGGAAGCGGCUAUGGCCAGGGCGCUGGAGCAGGACAGGGAAGCGGCGCUGGAGCAGGACAGGGAAGCGGCUAUGGCCAGGGCGCUGGAGCAGGACAGGGAAGCGGCGCUGGAGCAGGACAGGGAAGCGGCUAUGGCCAGGGCGCUGGAGCAGGACAGGGAAGCGGCGCUGGCCAGGGCGCUGGAGCAGGACAGGGAAGUGGCGCUGGAGCAGGACAGGGAAGCGGCUAUGGCCAGGGCGCUGGAGCAGGACAGGGAAGCGGCGCUGGAGCAGGACAGGGAAGCGGCUAUGGCCAGGGCGCUGGAGCAGGACAGGGAAGUGGCGCUGGAGCAGGACAGGGAAGCGGCUAUGGCCAGGGCGCUGGAGCAGGACAGGGAAGCGGCGCUGGAGCAGGACAGGGAAGCGGCUAUGGCCAGGGCGCUGGAGCAGGACAGGGAAGCGGCGCUGGAGCAGGACAGGGAAGCGGCGCUGGAGCAGGACAGGGAAGCGGCGCUGGAGCAGGACAGGGAAGCGGCGCUGGAGCAGGACAGGGAAGCGGCGCUGGAGCAGGACAGGGAAGCGGCGCUGGAGCUGGACAGGGAUGCGGCGCUGGAGCAGGACAGGGAAGCGGCUAUGGCCAGGGCGCUGGAGCAGGACAGGGAAGCGGCGCUGGAGCAGGACAGGGAAGCGGCUAUGGCCAGGGCGCUGGAGCAGGACAGGGAAGCGGCGCUGGAGCAGGACAGGGAAGCGGCGCUGGAGCAGGACAGGGAAGCGGCGCUGGAGCAGGACAGGGAAGCGGCGCUGGAGCAGGACAGGGAAGCGGCGCUGGAGCAGGACAGGGAAGCGGCGCUGGAGCUGGACAGGGAAGCGGCUAUGGCCAGGGCGCUGGAGCAGGACAGGGAAGCGGCGCUGGAGCAGGACAGGGAAGCGGCUAUGGCCAGGGCGCUGGAGCAGGACAGGGAAGCGGCGCUGGCCAGGGCGCUGGAGCAGGACAGGGAAGUGGCGCUGGAGCAGGACAGGGAAGCGGCUAUGGCCAGGGCGCUGGAGCAGGACAGGGAAGCGGCGCUGGAGCAGGACAGGGAAGCGGCUAUGGCCAGGGCGCUGGAGCAGGACAGGGAAGCGGCUAUGGCCAGGGCGCUGGAGCAGGACAGGGAAGCGGCGCUGGAGCAGGACAAGGAAGCGGCUAUGGCCAGGGCGCUGGAGCAGGAGCAGGACAGGGAAGUGGUCAAGGGAAGUGUCGGGGAUGUGGCAAAGGUCAAUGUCGCCUUUAGGGACAUGUUCAUGGGAAUUUUGCAUAAUACUUUCUGGGGGUCUUUUCCAAUGCUUUUGUUCAGAUGUCAUGUUUUCCCUGUUUGCUCAAACUGUUUAGAAAGAUUUUCUGACUCUCUCUACCACUACUAUCACCUCAAAUAAAUAAAAAAUUGCUUGAUUUGAA